AUGCGCAGACCUGUGCUUCUGUUCCUCAUCCUGAACCUGGCCAUUGUUGGCUUCCUCAUACACUCGGUCUGGACGCUAUUAUCGCUCCUCGUCGUCGACGGCUCCGAAGAUGCAAUCUCUCGUGCCGAGCUGCCUGCUCCCGGCUCUGAUUUGAUCGACGGCCGCACCCAAUUGAUCCCCAAAAUCAUCCACCAAACAUACAUCAACGAGAGCAUCCCUGAGGUCUGGCAGGAACCACAAAAGAGCUGUAUCGAAUUGCACAAGGAUUGGGAAUACAAACUAUGGACCGAUGCUCUUUCACGCGAGUUCAUCGCUGCCGAGUACCCCUGGUUCCUCGAGACCUUUGACAACUACGAAUACCCCAUUCAACGCGCCGACUCCAUCCGUUACUUUGUCCUCGCCCACUACGGUGGUAUUUAUCUCGACCUGGAUGAUGGUUGCAACCGUCGUCUGGAUCCUUUGCUCUCCUACCCUGCCUGGGUGCGCCGCACUCUGCCUACCGGUAUCUCCAACGACGCGAUGGGCUCUGUUCCUCGUCACCCAUUCUUCUUGCGUGUCAUUGACGACCUGCCCCGCUACAACCGCAAGUGGGUUCUUCCCUACAUCACUGUCAUGGCCUCUACCGGUCCGCUCUUCCUGAGCAUCAUCUGGCGUCACUGGACCUCCGAAGGUCUCAACGUUGGCGACGGUCCUGAUGGUGGCAGAGUUCGUAUUUUGUUCCCUGACGAGUACAACUACCACCCCUGGAGUUUCUUCACUCACCACCUUGGCAACUCGUGGCAUAGCAGCGACGUCAAGCUCAUCUUCUGGAUGCUGAAGCACUGGGUCAUGCUCACCGUUAUCGGCUUCCUGACCGCCGGUGUCGUCUUCGCCAUUUCCUACUACCUCUACAACCGCUUCUUCGUCUCUCACAGACCCUGGGCUAUGGCAGUACGCAACCGCUUCCCCAUGGGCUUGUUCAGACGCCUCAGCAGCGGAAACGUGACAUCGAAGCGACGACAAUCUUACGAGCUCGUCCGACGCGACGAGGAAGACGCCAUGUAG